AUGAAAAAACAUAUUUCUUGGCAUGGCUUCUCGUUGGUUCAUUCGCUAUGCACAAGUCUUUCUACAUCAGCUGAUGUUUUUAUCAGCAUUGACUGUGGAUCAUCAUCCCCGUUCAGAGACGAAAACGGGAUAGCUUGGUUGGGGGACGACAAAUACGUGCAGAGUGGCGAAUCCCGUUCCGUCAAACCUCUAAAUUCCAGGCCCAGCGUCAAAGAUACCCUGAGGGUGUUCACUACUCGGAACAAGAACUGCUACCACAGCGACUCUGUGAAGAAGGGCCGCGUCCUCGUGCGUGCUAGCUUUUACUACGGGAACUAUGAUGGCAAGUCUUUUCCUCCCACGUUUGAUCUCCACUUCGACGGAAACUUCUGGACUAAUGUCCAGACGUCGAUUACAGAGUUCUACUACUAUGAGGUGACUUAUGUACUCAAGAGGGAAUCCAUCAGCGUGUGUCUUGCUCAGACGAAACCGGGCCAGUUCCCCUUCAUAUCGGCUCUUGAAGUGCGCAGUUUGGAGUCAUCUAUGUAUAACUAUGUCAACGACAGUUAUCCGUUGCUCGUGUGGAAAAGGGUUGCUUUUGGCUCAAAUAAGGUUCUUAGGUUCCAGGAAGAUCCGUACGACAGACUAUGGAAUGUUGGACUUUAUGGGAACGGCUCAAUCCCAGUUUCGGGUGAUGCCAUCUUUACUCAGAGGCCAAAUGUAAUCGAUAAUCCACCACCUGCGGUGCUCAGGAAUGCAAUCACUGCAAAAACCCCGAACACAAGCGUAGAAUUGUUGAUGGGAUUUCCUUCUUAUGAAAUCAAUGUCUACAUAAACUGGUACUUCUCUGAAGUUACUCGGUUAGGACCAGGCCAGAAUCGGUCCUUCAGGAUUUUCAAGGAUAACGAGUCCUACUCGGAACCAAUCAUUCCUCUUUACGGAGAUUGUGUUGAGAUGAUACUGGACAGUGCAAAUGCAGUUUCAUCGAACACCACAUUCUCUCUUGUGCCCACCAACGUCUCUACGCUUCUCCCACUCAUUAAUGCUCUGGAAAUAUUUCAACUCCCGGACGACAAGUUAACUGAUGGUACCAACAAGAAAGAUGUUGAAGGCUUAGCUUCUCUGCAAGAGAGAUUUAAAUUAUUGCAAAGUUGGACAAGCGAUCCUUGUCUGCCAGCACCUUAUACAUGGGAUUGGAUCAAAUGCAGUCUUGAUCCUAUUCCGCGAGUAACAGCACUGCUUCUUAAUGGCUACGGCCUGUCAGGGUCGCUUCCGGAUUUUAGUUCCAUGGAUGCUCUUCAAACAAAAGAUGUUCAGAACAACAGAUUGCGAGGGCCUAUACCUGAUUUUCUUGGGACAUUGCCCAACCUAAAAAUAUUGAAUCUUGCUGAUAAUCAGUUCAAUGGCAGUGUGCCAGCCUCCUUGUCAACAAAAAAGGGCUUAAAUCUAACGGUAUCUGGGAAUCCUGGGCUGUAUCGUAUGCUGUCUUGGAUCGAAUGCAGCAACGACUACCCUGUGCGUCGUGUCACAUCUCUGUGAGUUUUAUG